AUGGAACGUGCAAUAAAAAAUCCAAUAAAAUUAAUGAAUUUGUGCGAAAAUGAAUAUAUUCAUUCUGUGCCAAGGCAUGCAAUAUCAACCCUUGCUGAUAAUAAUAAUAAUUAUGGCAAACCUUUUUAUUAUUUCUUUGCAACACCAUAUCCUAACGGUUCUUGUCCUGCUGGUAGUUAUAGUUCAUACCGUAUCUAUAAUACAGAUUCACUUCAAAUCAGUCAAAUAGUAUCAUAUGGAGGAAUUUUAUUUACGGCAGGAAUUUUUGGAGUUCGCUCUGCUUUAGGAUGGCGGCUUACAUUUUUUCUUGAUGAUUAUGUGAUAUUAUUAUUAGGACUUACACCUGUAAUUCCAUUUUAUGUUAUAAUUCAAGUUAGUUCGAGGUUAAACGUAGCAACGAAUGUUUUUGUUUAUAUCACUAUUAUAGCAUGGAUUUUUAUUUGUUGGAUUCUUUUAUCAGCAAUUCAUGAUUUUAAUUUUCAUUAUGAUUUAUCAGAAAAUACUAAAAGAAUAAUGAAAAUGUUAUUAGGAUUUGUUCAUUUAAUUUUUUCUAGUGCUAUUUUGGCGACUAAUAUAUUCAUUAUAUGUUAUGAUUAUUAUAAUUCACCAGAUUCUCAAAAAGAUAUAGGUGAUAUUUCAAAUCAAGAUGCUUUUAGUUUUCUUAUACAUGCUAUUUACUUUAUAAUGUCAGUUAUUUUAAUAAUAUAUUUUUUUAAACAACCAAUUAAUAAAUACCCUUUACGAAUAUUUUUUAUAACUUUAUUUAUAUCAGUGAUAAAUGUAUUUUUCGCUUAUGCAUAUAUUUGUUCACUUCCAAUCAUUGAUAGUAUAUUUAAUUUUUUUGUUGGUAUGGUAUUGUCGAGAGCAGUAGUAGCAUUAUUUUCAGAUAAAAAAAUAAUUUAUGAUUAUAUAAUGGAAGUUGAUGAUGAGAGUAAUUUGAUGAUUAUUGAUAAAGAUCUUGGGGAAGUGGAUAGAGAUUGUCAUGAAUUAAAACGUAAACAUUUACGUAUACAAAGAUUUUUCGCAUUUUUAUUCUUUUUAAAUUAUGCGAAUGGAAAAUUUAUGUGGAAGAAAUCAUUGGUUGGAUAUGUAGAUAAAGAACAAAAAUUUUUCACAUCAAAGACUAAUUCAUUGAUAAUUAGAUGUGAAUCAAUGAAAUAUAUUAAAGGCGAAGAAAUUAAACAUUUAAGUGAUUUAAAUGAUUCAAAUGAUUCAAAUCAUUUAAAUCAUUUAAAUAGAUUUGAUUUAAAAAUUGAAGAUGACAAAAUGAUUUUAGAAAAGCUAGAAAAAACGAAAGAUGAAGAUAAUAUAAAAAUUGGGAGUGUUGAAAAAGCAAAGAAUAAAGAUAAUAUAAAAAUUGGAAAGGAUGAGAUAGAUUCGAUAAAAUUAGAAACAUUGAAACUUGAAAUUAAAGAUAAAGAAAGCGUUAAUAUCGAUUUAUUUGGAAGAGGAAAAAUAAUUAAACUGAAAAAAGACCAGGAAAAUGACAUAAUUAUACGAUAUUGGAGUGCAACUUUAGAUAUCGAAGAUAAUCGAAUGUAUUUAGUACAGAGAUUAGAAUUUCAAGAUAUCGGGGUAGCUUUUAGUGGUAGAGGGUUUAAGAAAAAUGUUCAAUUAUUCCCGAAUUUCGAUAACAAAAAUAGUGAUGAUGGAUCAAUGAAAAUCACUUAUGAUGGUGAUUUUAAAAAAUAUCAAAAUGAUGAAAAUAAUGAAAAUUAUAACUGGGAAUUAGAUAUUGAUCAUUCAAAGCUAAUAUUCGAUAAAAUAUAUGCCCCGAACUCGAAAAAAUCCGAUAUUUGGAAUCUGAAAAUCAAAAAUAAUAAAGCAUUUAUAACCAAUAAAAGGCUAAUAGACGAAUGUGAGGCAUUAAACAAUAAUGGUAAAAAAGCCAUCAACUUAGAUAGAGAUGUAAGCUUAAAAGGCAAAUGGAAAAUAGCAAAUCAAAAGAUUAUUCAUGAAAAAAAAUCCCAUGACAAAUAUAAAAUUAAAAAAACAAUUUUGAACGAUAGUCCAAAUAAUGAUAAGAAUUUAUGGGAAGACAAGAAUUUAUUGGUAGACGGUAAUUCAAGAUUAAGAAUCGAAAAAAAUGGAAUAUAUAUGGAAUAUAAAUUGAUUAAAGAAAAUAUAAAAAAGGCUGAAGCAAAGAUAAAUAUUGAUGAUAAAAAUGAAGAAAUAGAAAUUAAUGAUCAAAUAUCUAAUGAUAAUGCGUUGAAAGUUGUAGAUUAUCCAUUUUGGGAUGCAACAUGGAAAAGAUAUGAAUCCGAUAUUUUCUUGAAACAUAAAGUUAAUCAGAAAAACGUUAUAAAUAUGUCAAUUGAAGGCAAAAAAUUUAUUAAUUUAGACAUUGAAAAUUUUAAAAAUGAAGAUGAUUUAAAACAGAACAACAUCAAGAUCAAUGAUAAUAUUAUAAAACUUACGUAUAGUAAAAUUCAAUAUAGAAAAAUUCUAUAUAGGGAAGAUUUAACAGAAACAUUUCAGUCCUUGACAAUAAAUGAUGAAGUUAAGAUUACUAAGGAGGGUGACGCAAUAAUAAUACGUGAAAUGAAUAAUAAUAGGUUUAGAGGCAUGUGUAACCGCAUAUUUAGUAAAAGUGAGGGUAAAAAUGUUGAUGAUAAAACUGACGAAAACAUAAACAAAAAAACCAUAAACAAAUUAGAAAUUAAGAAGAAUUAUUGGUUCAGGGAAGAAAAAGAACAUCAUUUACAUAUUCGUGUGGAAGAUGUUAAAAAGAAACUUGCAAAAAUUUAUAUUCACGCAAAUUCAACCAUAGUGAGAAAUCAUCGUGAAGAUAAAACGAAUAAAAAUGAUAAAAUAAAAAAUCAUCAUGAAGAAGAAAUUAUUAAAAUGGAAAAUGGUGGUAAAUUAAAAAUCGAAAGGACUGAUAAUGGACUGAUGGUCGUACUUUUAAAAAAUAUUUCUUUAAAUACACGGGGGACGUUGAAGAUUCAACAGGGUUGUGUGACUCAUAUAGAAACCCCUGAAGGCAAAAGAUUUAUUGACCUAACAAAACAUGGAUUCUUGAAUUAUGUAAUGUAUCAUCAUAAAAAACAUAAAAAAAUGCGACAAGAAAUGCGUGAAGUAAUUGAACAGCGAAUUGAAGAAAGCAAAAAAAAACCAAUUGAAGGAGAAGAAAAUAAACAAGAAAUACCUGAAAUAACUGAGCAAGAAACAAAUCAACAAGAAAAAAUGAUGUUUUAA